UGUGUGUGGGGGGGGGGGGGGGGGGGUUGUGUCACGCUCACCUGUUCGUCUUUUGGACUCCCUCUAUCAAUUUGAGCAGGCGCUCGGGGAUGCAGCUCAUCUCUCAGCCUCAGCGGAAAAUUAAAAAAAGCCAACAUGGACACUUUUUUCAGACGUCAUUUCAAGAGAAAAGAUGUUGGAGUAGUGGUGCACGAUGGACCCGAACCCUGCCGCCACAGAAGGCCGAGCAUUGCGGUGCCAACAAGCCGUGCUCGGCGCCGCUCCAGCGUAGGGCUUCCGUCGACCGCGCUGUCCCAUCGCCGCCGCUCGAGCGUCCAGCUUCAGUCGUUACCUCGAACUGCAUCGUCACUAAAGACCAAUGGCAGGCGGAGAUCCAGUACCACCACGCCGAAGGCCAAUCCACGCUUCGCCGUACGGCGAAAGAAGGUAGGCAAACUCCGCAACAUUGACACUCACCUCCUGGGUCCAUCCAUGCUGCUGGCCAGCCUGAUCCAGAUGACCGAAGAGGAAGAAGAGGAUGAGGAUGCUCGCACUGCACUGCCAGGACAGGUGGAGCUCAAGGGAAGCACCCCGAAGUUCAGAAGCCACACAGACGUGCUCUCGGAGGGGGAUAGUGACAGCGAAGAAUCCAGCGAAGACUCGGACGACAGCCGGCGCACAGACCCGUUCGAAGAGCUCCCGGAGGAGGCCGACAUAUCGGAUUUGGAGAUCAAAGAGUCCGGCAUCUUGUGCCAGCAGGACUGCCUUCCUCUGGCUGCGGUGGCGGAGCGGGUCCAGGCCCACCCGCUGAUACGAGUUCCACGCUGCCUUCGGAGGAAUUCGUCGCAUUACGGGCACGCGGAGACGGCCCCGCAUGGCCGCUACUGCCGCAGCAGCCAGAGGAGGCGCCGCAGACGGGUUUCCACCAUCUCUAAAGCAGGAAGCCCUUGGCCGGGGAGAGGCCUGCCGCUACCAAACCGAAGAAGCUCCACCUGCUACAGGGGUCAGGGGGCUCUCAAUCCUCUCCUAGAGGCUUAUUACGACCCCAGGCUGGAGUCUUGGAGCGGAUUCCUGUCGAAAGCCAUCGCCAAAACGGGCGUGCAACAAAACCCUGCCCAGUCUAGUAGCUCUUUACCUGCCAAAAGUGAACCCCAGAAAGAGAUCUGCAGCAGCGUCGACUGGACCGAAGAUGCCCAGUAUGGCCAACACGUGUGGUUUGAGACCAGUCCAACUGGAGACUUCUGUUAUGUUGGGGAGACUUACUGCUUUGCAAAGUCGCUGCAAAAGUCUCUUCCUCGACACAAAUGUGCAGCUUGUAAAAUAGCAGUCCACACCGAUUGCAUGGAUCAACUGGAGAAGAUUAACUUUAGGUGUAAACCAUCAUUUCGAGAUCCAGGGAUGAGAAACGUCAGAGAGGCACCAAACAUGAAGCAUCACUGGGUCCACAGAAGACGACAAGACGGAAAAUGUCGACACUGUGGAAAGGGUUUUCAUCAGAAAUUCUCUUUCCAAAAUAAAGAUAUUGUGGCCAUCAGCUGCUCGUGGUGCAAGCAGGCGUACCACAACAAGGUGAACUGCUUCUUGCUGUCGAAAAUCGAAGAGCCGUGUCCCCUCGGAGCUCACGCGGCCGUGAUCAUUCCUCCAACCUGGAUCGUCAGAGUCCGCAGACAUCAGGCGUCCUUAAAAAACAGUAAGAGAAAAAAGAAGACAUCUUUAAAAAGCAAGACCUGCAAAAAACCCACAGAGGACGGCAAAUGGAAACACUUUGUCGUGAAGCCGAUCCCUUCCCAGCUCGCCAAACCUCUGCUGGUGUUCGUCAAUCCAAAAAGUGGAGGAAACCAGGGAACCAAAAUUAUGCGCUCUUUCAUGUGGUACCUGAACCCUCGGCAGGUGUUUGACCUCACUCAGGGCGGCCCCAAAGAUGGGUUAGAAAUGUACAGCAAAGUGCCCAAUCUGCGUAUCCUGGUUUGUGGAGGAGAUGGAACGGUCGGCUGGAUUCUUUCUGUUCUGGAUGAGCUCCAGUUAAAACCUCAGCCUGCAGUGGCCGUGCUGCCUCUCGGGACGGGAAACGACCUGGCCCGAACUCUCAACUGGGGCGGGGCAUACACCGAUGAGCCGGUGUCCAAGAUCCUGUCCCAUGUGGAAGAGGGCAACAUCGUCCAAUUGGACCGAUGGAACCUGAGCGUGGAGCCAAACCCGGAGGCCACCGAUGAGGAGAAGGAUGAACAACAGACAGAUAAACUUCCCAUCGACGUCUUUAACAAUUACUUCAGCCUUGGGUUCGAUGCACACGUGACCCUGGAGUUUCAUGAAUCGCGAGAGGCCAAACCAGAAAAGUUCAACAGUCGCCUUCGCAAUAAGAUGUUUUACGCUGGAACGGCGUUCUCAGACUUUUUAAUGAGGAGCUCCAAAGAUCUUUCCAAACACAUCCGCGUGGUGUGUGAUGGCGUUGACCUGACCAGUAAAGUGCAGGAUUUGAAACUACAGUGUCUUCUUUUCCUCAAUAUUCCCAGAUAUUGCGCCGGUACCAUGCCUUGGGGAAACCCAAGCGAACAUCAGGAUUUUGGACCUCAGAGACACGACGACGGACUUAUCGAGGUCAUCGGAUUCACAAUGACCUCUUUGGCCACCCUGCAGGUUGGAGGUCAUGGUGAGAGGCUUCAUCAGUGUCAGGAGGUGCUCUUGACCACCUUCAAGCCCAUUCCUGUACAGGUGGACGGAGAGCCCUGUAAACUGGCUCCAUCCAUCAUACGUAUCACCCUCAGGAACCGGUCCAACAUGCUUCAAAAGACCAAGAGAAGAAUCUCUCUUCAACAGCUGAACGAUCAGCUGCCCAUCACGGAGAACCUUAAGAUCCAGGUGAAUCGGAUCAGCAUGUGUGAUUAUGAAGCUUUGCAUUACGAUAAGGAGAAGCUCAAGGAGGCCUCUAUUCCUAUGGGAGCAAUUACGGUUCCUGGGAGCAGCGAUCUGGAGACGUGUCGGCAACAUAUCGAAAAGUUACAGGAGGAGGGGGAUGGUGUUAAUACAGACACACCACGAAUGCCAAAACUUUCACCAAAAUGGUGCUUCCUGGACUCGACAACUGCGGAUCGUUUCUACAGAAUAGACCGCGGUCAGGAGCAUCUAAACUACGUGACAGAAAUCUCCCAGGAUGAGCUUUAUAUCUUGGACCCGGAGCUGGUCACCAAGGAGACGGUGGGCACAUCGCCCGGAAUGCCGGGGGUGAUGGAAACUGGGGGGGAGUGUUUCGACGACGCAGACCUUUUUGCUUUUCCGGCCUGUUCCUCGGAGCCUCCUCCACUGUGCAGGGUUCAUCAGCCUAACGCUGAAGGCCAGACCGAAUGCGAGUCGACCUGCAUGCUGUCAGAUAGCGACCCACACAUGCAGAGCGACACGGGGACUGACACGAAGCAAGGCCUGUGCAGGAGGGGAGCAAAAAUUAUUAAUGCCAAUCGCUUAAAAACACCAGAAGUGGAUUCAGUAGCUGUUCAAAGGAUAGAGGUUUGGAAUGACAAUAAUGAAGAAAUAAUAAAUUUGCUCUUUGAGGCUGUAAAGUCUGACAACUUUGCCAAGCUGGUCAAGAUUCACGAAGAAGGUGCCAAUCUUCUGGUUCAGGACCGGUUCGGCUGCACCCUUCUGCAUUAUGCAGUCGACAUCGGCAAUAAAGAGAUCGUGAAGUACAUCAUUGAGAACGCUCCUUCUUGUAUCCUGGAUGUGAUGGAAAAAGCAACAGGAAAAACUGCCCUGCACAAGGCAGCUGCGUUGUGCCAAAGGACCAUCUGCGGUUACCUGGUGGAUGCAGGUGCGUCCCUCAUGAAGACAGACCUACAGGGUGAAUCUCCAAAGGCGUACGCCGAGAAAGCUCAGGACUUUGUGCUGGCCGAGUAUUUGGAAAACCGGCAGCACUACCAGAUGAUUCAAAGAGAGGACCACGAGACCGCAGUGUGAACCACAUCUAAACCACAGAGGCUCGAGUCCGGUUCAUCCGGCCCGGGCACACGUUAGCCAUGUUAUGAUGCAGCAUGUUCGUUCGCUCAUUGUGUUGUAACGUGGAGAAGACAGUGUUUGUGUCAUGUUUCAGAAUGCAUGAGUUUGCUAUAAUAGUAAUCAAGGCUGCACAAAGCUGCAUCGCUUGGCUAGAAACAAUGUGCAGCGGUUUUGGGAAUUUCAGGGCUGAAUUAUUUUGAAUAAAAGUGGCUUUACUUAACUACUGUAAUAUAACGCAAACCAGAUAAACCUCACGAGAGAUAAAUAUUAGUUUUAUUAUACUACUGCUGCUUUUGGCUACUGUACAUUAGUUAUUAUAUUUAAUGCUGUUACUGAUAGCAUAUCAAAGGGUUUUACAGAUAUGCGUAGACUUAAGUUAUGUGACCGAAACAUCUGCAGACGUCUUUUAGCUUGACUUUUACUCUCGAAUGUUUGUUCUAGUAGGAGAUUGAUGUUGUUUUUAUGGCCUCCUACGUUUAAGAAUGCUUCCUCAGCUGUGGCUUACGGGCAGUUUCUCUCUUUGUGGUAAAUGCUUGAAUUUACUCAAACAUUCCCUUAUUUACUACUACUACUACUACUCUGAAUAUAGCAUUAAAUAAUUUUCGUGUGCAUCUUACCUUUACAUUCGUAAUUUAGUCUGUUAGUCGAUUUUACUGCCAUAAAUAUGCGACAUAGAUUGAGUUUCCUUCGUAGAUGGAAUCACAUUUCAUGACAAAGUAUCUUCAUACUGACUACUUUAAAAAUAGCAUUUACAUUUAAUUUCAGAUUUUAGAUUCAAAACGUCACUCUACGAUGUUUAGCAGCUACUUUGUCGCAUUUGCUGUCGGUUUUCUAGUCGAACCGAAUAGUCUUAAAGUGUCCUACCAUGGCUGCUUAGGUUACACUCAUAUGCGUCGUACACACCAAACGCAAACCAUCGCGUUUGUCGCUCUAGAUUAC